UAUAUGAUCAUCACUAAAAUGUUCUUUCUCCCUAAGAGUAUAAAAAUGCCUUUCAUUCCUCCAAAGCUAUCUAUCUUCAAGUUUAAUUCGCUGAAAACAAAUUUCAGAAGCUAUUCUUUCAAUAUUUCAAUGGCAGGUAUUGCCUCUGGGAUCAGCAAGCUUGCCGUUGGCUCGGAGGAUACUCGACGCCGAUCACUACAACCUCAAACUACUCCAGACACCGACACCGACACCGACAAAACCGACACCGACAAACCUGACACCAAUAACAACAACGGUGACACUUCUGAAGAGUUCAAAUAUGUAAAUUCUGCCAAGCAAGAUAUCAAAGGUCUUACGAACUUAACUGGAUAUGUGAAAGGCAAUGCCAAUGGAGUCAUCAACUUUGGCAGGUUGACAGCCUCCGGUCCCAGUGUCCAACCAUGAACAACAAUAUAUAUCUAUAUAUAAACCUAUGAUGAUGAUGAUGUUGUCUAUAUAUUGUUUUCAUGUAGUCAAAACCAUAGUAGCAAUAAAAAAGGAGUAUGGGUGUAUGACUAUUAUCUAAGUUCAAAAGAUGUUGUUAUUCAGCAAAAGAAAUAAGAA